UAUUCCGGUUGAUAAGAAUGAAAUGUUAACCUCACAAAUGAAAACCGAAAGAGGAAAAUCCACACGGGAUGCCCUUGUCAAACAAUACUUGGAUUGCCUUACAGAAGAUGAAACAAAUUUCUUACAUAAAAAGGACGAAAAUUUGGGUGGAAUGUACUGUAUUAACUACCAAGCACUAUGUGAGUCAUUAAAACAAGAAAUUUUUGAAGACAUUAUAUUAGAAAAAUACGGAAUAAUGGGCUUAAGAGUAAUGAAGGUUUUGAAUUCAAAGCAGAAGCUAAGUGAAAAAUCGAUCACUACAUUUUCUUUGAUGAGCAUGUCUGAUGUUCGGCAAAAGUUGACAGAAUUGCUUAAUGGUGGAUUUGUUCAAAUUCAGGAAGUACCCAGAUCUGCUGAUAGAGCACCUUCACGUACCUAUUACCUUUGGUACGUCGACUAUUCUAGAUGUUAUGAGAUAAUUUUAGAUAAUUAUUAUCGUACACUUGCAAACAUUCAUCAAGUCAGAUUUACUCAAGAAACAAUGGCUGCGACGUUAUUAGAAAAAAAAGAAAAUGAGGAAGCUUUGAGACAGUUGAAUAAUAAUGCUUUUAUUCAAUU